AGGACCACUAUGCCAAAUAUUUAUUUUCAUUUGCAUGUUUAACAGAAAUUCAAAAUCAAUACCUCAUUAACACAAUAAAAGUAAGACGUUUAGCUUUAAACACAAUUCUGGGGUCAGCCGAAAUACCCGAUAUUUGUCUCCGGGCGGAUUCUUCAUGGAGUCAUCUGAAUGGCCAGAACCCAGGCGGCUAGUGCUAAUACUGGUGAAGGCGGUGGCCGUGCGUCUGCUGUUCCUUCUACACUGUCUGCUGGCCAUAUCGAGGGUGACAGAAAUUCUAGGACAACCCCUGUUCUGGACUUAUUCUUUGACCGUCGUGUUCCUGGUAUUAGAGGGAUAUCAUGCUGUUUAUCGAAGAAAUGGCUUGGAGCACAAGUGGGUGUCUUUGGGAACGCUCAUAUUCAUCGUUUUGGAAAUCGGUCCCAUUUGGAUCAUGGAGCUUGAUAAGGCAGAUCGAGCUUCUGGUAAAAUAUCUGACACUAGUAAUGGAGGAGGAUCCAAUAUGACGUCACAGAAUUCACAGAACGAAAACUUGAUUAGUUUAGAUGACGAUGUUUUUGUUUACGCGAUAGAACAAAGUUUUUUGUUGAUCAUGAUCAUCGGUAGAUGGGCACUGCCAAAGGGUCAAAUGUCACGUGACAAACUGUCCAACUUGUUAUUGGUUAUGAUCGGCAAAGCUUGUGACAUAACCGAUUUCUUUACACUGUUCUCCCACAAUAAAGUGGCACUAGACAGAGCCUUCACGUAUGUUGUCCUCGUAGUGUGGAGUCUUAGUGUGUUCCAGUUCCCAAUCUCCUUCACGGAGGCCAGAGAAGAGAACGUCAUCAUCAGUUUCCAUAGAGACAGACAGUAUAUGAAGGUGGUGGUUCGAACCCUCAACGUGUGCCUCAAAACGGAAAUCUGGAGCAUUUUGGGGGCAAUCUUCAUGCAGGAGUUCCCGUUUUUAGUUUGUCGUUCCUAUGCUGUCGGCGCUCUAGGAAUAGUUGAUGAUACCAUCAUUUUCUUCUUAUUUAAAAAUUCAUUGAUAAUAGCUAUGUACCUGUAUCGUCUUGUUUCCCUGUGUUUGGAGAUGGACCCUUACAGUGAUUUGAAAACUGAAGUGGUCGAAACAGAAAUUGAAAAAGGAGAUAAAACUCUUACCAUAAAAGAAAUAAACGAUAAGGAGGAGACAGUGACUCAUAAUCUCUUUUUCAACAAACAUUCUGAGGCAUUUCCAAAUGAGACACAGAAUACGAGUCUCAAAGAAAUUACCAGCAAACACCAAACAACGAACAUAGAGAAUGUUACGAUGAACUCAGAGAAAGUUGAUAAACAAGAAAAGAUAAUUCCAGAAAAAGCUCUGGAUACAAACUCAGCAAAGACUGAAAAGAGUCUCCAAGAAACCAAAUAUAAACAUCACAGGGUAUUCACGCUGUUUUCCGAAGAGAUGGCUUGGAACACAAAUGGUCCCAUUUGGAUCAUGGAACUUGAUAAGGCAGACCGAGCUUCUGGCAGAAUAUCUAAAACAAGUAAUGGUGGAGGAUCCAAUACAACGUCACAGAAUUUGCUAAACAGAAACUUCAUCAGUUUAGAUGACGAUGUAUUUGUUUAUGCGAUAGAGCAAAGCUUCUUGCUGGUCAUGAUCAUUGGAAGAUGGGCACUGCCUAAAGGUCAAAUGUCACGUGACAAACUGUCCAAUUUGUUAUUGGUUAUGAUCGGCAAAGCUUGUGACAUAACCGAUUUCUUUACGCUGUUCUCCCACAAGAACGUGGCACUUGACAGAACCUUCACUCAUGUUGUUCUGGUUGUGUGGAGCCUUAGUGUGUUCCAGUUUCCGAUCUCCUUCACAGAGUCCAGAAACGACAACGUUGCCAUCAGUAUCCAUAGAGACAGGCAGUAUAUGAAGAUUAUUGUACGAACCCUAAACGUGUGUUUUAAAACGGAAAUUUGGAGCAUAUUGGCGGCAAUCUUCAUGCAGGAGUUCCCGUUUCUGGUUUGUCGUUCUUAUGCCGUCGGUGCUCUGGGAAUUGUGUUUAAAUGCUUGUUUGUCCUUGCAAUAUGUACUUGUUAUGGCCGGUUGUCCGAGAUCUUCCUGGAUAAAGAAUGGGAAGAGUUUAAGCGGAUCUACAGUAAAACCUAUACAGAGCAAGACGAGAAAAUCAGAAAAUCCAUCUGGAUCCAAAAUAUAGAUAUAAUCAAUAGACACAACAAGGAGGCGGACAUGGGUCAUCAUAGCUAUAGACUUGGCAUGAACGAGUUUGGGGAUAUGGAAGUAACACGGAUGUUAAAUGUAGCAAAAGAAUACGUUACAGACAAUGUUAGCACAUUUCUACCACCAAACAACCUUCAACUACCAGAAACUGUCAACUGGACAAAAGAGGGUUAUGUCACUCCCGUGAAAAACCAGGGUUACUGUGGGUCUUGUUGGGCUUUUGCAACCACUGGGGGAUUAGAGGGACAGCAUUUUCGGAAAACGAAGAAACUAGUCUCUCUUUCAGAACAAAACCUGAUUGACUGUUGCAAAGAAAACCUGGGAUGUACUGGGGGAUUACCUGUGACUGCUUACAAGUAUAUUGCAAGAAAUGGAGGGAUUGACACAGAAGAAUCCUAUCCUUACUUAGGAAAGAAUGGCAAUUGUACUUUUCGUCCACCGAAAAUUGGAGCUACCUGUCAGGGGUUCGUCCGAGUCCCUGCUGGAGACGAGGUGGGUCUUCAAAAAGCGGUAGCUAGUGUUGGUCCAGUAACAGUUAGCAUAGACGCUAGCCUGAAGUCAUUUUAUCUGUACAAGGAAGGAGUGUAUGACGACAAAAAAUGCAGCAAAAAGAUGUUUAACCAUUUUGUCUUGAUUGUUGGAUAUGGAAAGCACCUUGGCAAAGAAUACUGGCUUGUAAAGAACAGCUGGGGAAUGUCAUUUGGAAUGGACGGCUACAUUAUGAUGGCUCGAAAUCAAGACAACCAGUGUGGUAUUUCAAACCAGCCCGUGUACCCUAUUGUGUAGGGCAAAAACGAUUGUGAAAAAAAGGAUUGUCAAGAUUCAUUUCUUUUCUAAAUGUAAUCAAUGAAACUUUUUAAAACUAAUUCAAAAAAAGAAGCAAUGGGUUCUUUGAUUUUUAUUUCACUUAUAUGAUAGUGGGUUAAAUGGAUUUCUUCUUUAAAUUAUUAUGGAAAAUCUCUGUUAUUAAUCUACAUGGAUUAUGAUUUUUACGUAUUUUGAUAUUUUUUGUAUAAUUUUCUUGUAUUGAUUUACCUGUAAAAACAAACAUUGAAGCCAAUAAAGUGUAUUUUGAACAUAAAGUGAACUGUUACUGGAAAGAAAUUAACUUGAUUAAAACGAUUUUUAUGAGGAAACCUUAAAAUAAAAACGAAUGACAAACUU